AUGGGUAAAAGCAACUUCACACAAAUCUGUGACCAAAAAUUCGUGGCUAACUUCGUCAAAAAUAACAUGAUAUGUCAUUUCGGUGUACCAGAAUCCAUCAUCACAGAAAAUGGUGCCAAUGUGAACACCCAUUUAAUGAAGGACAUUUGUGAACAAUUCAAGAUCACCCACAGAAACUCUACUGCUUACCGGCAACAGAUGAAUGGAGCCGUAGAGGCUGCCAGCAAGAACAUCAAGAGGAUCUUGAGAAAAAUGAUCGACAACUACGAGAAUUGGCAGGAGCAGUUGCCUUAUGCUUUGUUGGGGUACAGAACGACAACCCGAACUUCCGCCGGAGUAACCCCAUACCUCUUUGUCUAUGGUACAAAAGCUGUCAUACCUACAGAAGUGGAGAUCCCUUCACUCAGGAUCAUCCAAGAGGUAGAGCUGAAUCAUACGAAAUGGGUCAAAAAUCGCUAUGAGCAACUGGCCAUGAUAGAUGGAAAGAGAAUGUUGGCAGUAUGCCACAGACAGCUGUACAGACAAACAAUGUCUCGAGCCUUCAACAAGCGGGUUUUUAACAGGACAGCAAGCACUCAUCAACCAGCUUACUCACAGCGCAGGCGAAAAGCAAAUCUGACCAUGAGGGUCACAAAACAAAUGGACAAAGCAUAUCUGACCAUGAGGGUCACGAAAAGAAUGAAUGACAAAGACAUAGCUGACCAAAGGGGUCAUGCAAAGAAUGAAUGA